AUUUCCUAAGAACUUAAUCUCUGAAAACAUGAAGCAAAAGAUUGUGAUGAAGGUUUACAUGAGUUGUCAAAAAUGUCGUACGAAAGCGCUCAAGGUUGUCGCUGGAGCAUACGGUGUGAAUUUUGUGGGAUUAGAGGGAGAAGAGAAGGACAAGUUGGUGGUGAUUGGAGAUGGUGUUGAUGCUGUCAAGUUAACCAAUUGUUUGAGGAAAAAGGUUGGACAAACUGAAAUUGUUAGCUUAGGAGAAGUUAAAGCCAGUUGAAAAAAUGAAAGAAAUUAAUUAA